AAAACGUUAUUACUUGACGCUGGCUAAUGCACAAACCGUGCCAGAGCCAAAAAAUAAAAAUAAAUAAAAAGAAAGUUGUACAAAUUAGUACAAAAUGUUUUGUAUUUAAAGAGAACUUUAAAACGCACAUGAGAAUGCAUCCUUCUGAAAAACGUCAUGUUUGUGAAGUGUGCGAAAAACGCUUUACACGAAUUGCUGAUUUGAAAACACACAUUAGAAUACAUACUGCGGAAAAACCUUACAUUUGUGAAAUAUGUAGAAAAGGUUUUUCCCAAAUUAGUAGUUUAAAAUCUCAUAUAAGAAUACAUACUGGAGAAAAACCGUACAUUUGUGAAGUAUGUAGAAAAGGUUUUGCCCAAAUUGGUAAUUUACAAUCUCAUAUAAGGAUACACACUGGAGACAAACCGUACAUUUGUGAACUGUGUCAGAAGUGCUAUGCACGAAUGGAUACUUUGAAAAUACACAAGAGAACACAUACUGCAGAGAAACCUUAUGUUUGUGAAGUGUGCGAAAGACGCUUUACACAAAUUGGUGAAUUAAAAACACACAUUAGAAUACAUACUGCGGAAAAACCUUACAUUUGUGAAGUAUGUAGAAAAGGUUUUGCCCACAUUGGUAAUUUAAAAUCUCAUAUAAGGAUACACACUGGAGAAAAACCGCACAUUUGUGAAGUGUGUAGAAAAGGUUUUAACCAAAUUAAUCAUUUAAAAUCCCAUCUAAGAAUACACACUGGAGAAAAACCGUACAUUUGUGAAGUGUGUCAGAAGUGCUAUGCACGAAUUGAUACUUUGAACAUACACAAGAGAAGACAUACUGCAGAGAAUUUCUUUUCUACUGAAGAGACUUUUCGCGAAUGAGUAAUUUAAAUAUCCACAUAGCAACACAUUUGGCAGAGAAAUCUUAUGUUUGUGAUAUGUGUAAAAAAUCUUUUGCACAGAUGAGUUGUUUAAAAAAACAUAUAUGUAAAACACACUGCUGAAAAACUUUGUUUGUGAUGUGUAAUAAAAAGACUGCAUAAUUUCAUUGUUAAAAAAUGCAGAUGAUAACACAUAAAGCAGAAACAUAUUUCACAAUUUGUGAAUCACAAAUUUGUCAUCUAUGAACACACAUGAGAAUACAUACAGAAGACAAACCGUCUGCUAGUGAAGUUUGUACAUAAGGUUUUACACACAUCAGUCAUUUAAAAACACACAAAGAUACCUUCUAGAGAAGAAGCCCUAUUAUUGUGAAUUGUGUGGAAAAGGUUUUUCAGUGUUGGUAAUUUUAAUUCACAUAUGAAAACGCAUAUUUGAGAAAAACAGUAUUCAUGUGUAAAGUGUAACAAAGCAUUUGCACAAAUUGAUAGUUUAAUAAUGUAUCUGAGAAUAUAUAAUAUCAUAAAAUGCUUGAUCGUUGCAAGAAUUUCUAGGUUUUUAUGAAUUUUUUUGAUGUAAAUACAUAAUGUCGUAUACAACUUGUAAAAGACAAAUGCCAUUCGGAACUUUAUGGUCCUUGCAAAACAACUCAUUAUAACCUAGGCCUCAUAUUUUCUGAGAAAUAAGCUUGAACAUAGCCAUGCAAAGUUGUUGAUUUUCUCUCUACUUUGUCCAAACAAUAAUAAUACAGUUAAAAUAUAUGUUUCCAAAUAGACAGAUUCCAUACCCAUGAAGUAUUGGAGUAGUAUUCAUAUUUAACCUUGUCAUAAAAGGUCAAAAGUUUAAUUUUUAUGUUUUGGAGAUGGGCAAAGUUAGGCAGAUUUUUUGAAGCAGCGUUAUGGGAUUAUUCGAAGCAGUAAUGCGUUUGUAGAUGUCUAUGGGCUCCAGUAGCCACUUAACACCAGGUCGGCUGUGAGCUCGUCCACCCAUCUAAGCAAUAAAAAGAAACAUGUACAUACUUAGAACGAAAUAUUCGAGGGCUGUCAUUAUAGAAAAUAAAACUACAUAUUAUUGAAUAAAAAAUAAAUUGACAUUUUCUUUUAUAUUGCACCCGGGUAACAAUUUGUACUUGUAAUGCAAUAAUCAAAAUACAAUACGUUCAUAUCAAUUAAGAAAAUAAAUGUAAUUUUUUAAAGUACAUCCUCAUGUGGAGCGGUCAUCCUCAGGUCAAGAUUUUCAGGCAUUGGUUUCCAAAGACAAAUAUCCAAAUUUGAAGAAAAUGUUUUGAACAACUGCUUUCGUUACUGCCAUCUACAGGAGCAAUGAGAAACUAAUCGAAUCGAAGCCAUCUAGUAGCCGACGCCCGUAAACAUUUUUGUUGAGUGCUUGAGUUGCUUAAUUAGAACUAAUUUAUGUGUAUUAACUAUGAAAUAGAUUCUAAGAUUAAACUUCACUUUUAUGUUAAUAAUUUUAAUAGAACAAAUUAGAGUACAUAUUUGUACGCUGAACUAUAAUGUUUCAUUAAAAUUCAAUAAAUUUCUUUGAUAGAUCGCAGAGUCGUU